AUGCUAUCAUCGAUUAGGGAUUGCACUAGACGAGUUCGGACGAACACCCACGCACUACAUCGUUUUCUUCUGGAAGAAUUCUUGUUGAGCAUGGAUCCAAAGCGAGUAUUGCGAGAGGACAACGCAACUAUGGACAGUAUUAGUCAAGUAGUGGAAAAAAUGAAUUCUCAGAUUUCUUCUUUACCUUUCGAAGGAACUCAAUGAAUCCGCCAAGGACGACAAAGAGCCAAUACCGGCUGACCCCUUUCCACCUCGCAUGGCUGAAUCAGAUCUUGUGAGGUUCUGCCUGCUGAUGUCGAGCUUAAGCAUGAAAAGGAGCCCGAGCACCCUCGGCUCAGACGUAACACCGAUUGAUUAUGGACUCUACGAAAGAAGUCCCAUAAUCCCCCGUCGUCUAAGAUUUAUUAAGAUAUUAUCUUUCACCAGAUCGCAUUGAUACGCCGAUUGCAUACAAGCUCAAGGAGGCUUUACUACCGGUUGCCUUCCUUCUCAACAACAUCAGCAUACGGACCCUUCUUCCUGUUGAUAAACGAAUGUUUUUUCUGUUUCCGAAUUGAAGUUGUUUUCUGA